AAAUCUUCUACCUGUGUGGUUAAACCCUCGCCGCGAGAAAAACCCUAACCCUAAUUAUCGCCAUGGUUCUCACUCGUAGCAAGAAGAGGGUGACGAAAUCUCAAACCCCUCCGUCGAAUAAGGCGGAGAAGCCCCAAGCUCUAGCAUUGAAGAGGAAGGCUGCGGAGAAACCCCAACCUCUGGCAUCGAAGAAGGGAGGCGCGAAGUCCCAGAAGAAACAACCUCCAUCGAAGAAGCAAAAGAAGGAAGUCGUGGAGGAGGAAGAAGAUCCUCGCGAAAAAGACGAAGAAGUUUCCGAUUACGACGCCGCCUCUACCGAUGCAGAAUUAGAAGAGUCUGAUGGUGGAGAGGAAAGGUCUAACGGCUUAGGCUCUUCUGGAUUUUUCUCCGAUGAUGAUGGAGAAGAGAACGACGAGGACGACGGUGAGGAGGUCUUGGGUGAUGACUUUCUUGACGGUAGCGGCGAUGAAGAUGAAGAAGAGGAACGUUCGGAUUCGGGUUCGGACUCUGACUCCGACGAUGGGGAUAUUGAGAAGGAGUCGAGACUUAUUGAUGAAAAAGAAGCAAAGGAGGAGGCAGACGCUGAGGCUGAGCUUCUUGAUUUCAACAAGGAAGCUGGAGACGAUGCGUUUCGGUUACCAACUGAAGAGGAACUUGAAGAAGAAGCUCGUGGGCCACCUGAUCUACCUCUACUUCAGAGUAGAAUCAAAGAGAUUGUUAGAGCUCUGUCGAAUUUUAGCGUGUUGAGGCCAAAUGGAGCCAGCAGGAAAGAUUGCGUUGAACAGCUCAAAUCUGAUCUUGCUUCUUAUUAUGGCUACAACAGUUUUCUUAUUGGAGCUUUAUUUGAGCUGUUUCCUCCUGUUGAACUUAUGGAACUAAUUGAAGCCUUUGAAAAGCAAAGGCCUACAUCUAUCCGGACAAACACACUUAAGACUCGAAGAAGGGAUCUUGCUGAUGUGCUUUUGAACAGAGGAGUCAAUCUUGACCCACUAAGCAAGUGGUCAAAAGUCGGCCUUGUUGUUUAUGAUUCACAAGUGCCAAUCGGUGCAACCCCUGAAUAUUUGGCCGGUUUCUAUAUGCUCCAAGGUGCUAGUUCGUUUUUGCCUGUGAUGGCCCUUGCCCCUCGAGAGAACGAGCGGAUUGUGGAUGUAGCUGCUGCUCCUGGGGGUAAAACUACUUACGUCGCUGCUCUAAUGAAAAACACCGGCUUGAUAUUCGCGAAUGAGAUGAAAGUACCUAGGCUCAAGUCGCUAAAUGCCAAUCUGCACCGCAUGGGGGUCACAAAUACCAUAGUUUGUAACUAUGAUGGAAGAGAGCUACCAAAGGUGUUAGGGGAGAAAUCGGUUGAUAGAGUAUUGUUGGAUGCACCUUGCAGUGGGACUGGGGUCAUUUCGAAAGAUGAAUCAGUUAAAGUUUCGAAAUCCCUGGAGGAUAUAAAGAAAUUUGCUCACUUGCAAAAGCAACUUUUACUCGCUGCUAUUGAUAUGGUGGAUGCCACUUCCAAAACCGGUGGAUAUAUUGUUUACUCAACAUGUUCACUUAUGGUUGCUGAGAACGAAGCCGUCAUCGACUAUGCUCUCAAAAAGAGGAGUGUUCAACUCGUUAAAACUGGACUGGACUUCGGCCAAGACGGAUUUGUAAGAUUUAGAGAACAUCGAUUUCAUCCGUCUUUAAACAAGACCAAACGUUUUUAUCCUCAUGUACACAACAUGGAUGGAUUCUUUGUGGCGAAGCUAAAGAAGAUGAGUAACAUGAAACAAGCUUCAGAAGGUGAUGGUGAUGAUGAGGCGUUGGGAACUGUAGAUGAAGCUGAUGUGUCCAGUGAUGAUGAUGAAGCUGAUGUGUCCAGUGAUGAUGAUGAAGCUGAGGCCAUGGAAGAGAUGGAGAAACCUUCCGUUCCCAAGAAGCAACUCGAGAAAACUAAAGAUGAAGCUGAGGCGUUAGGAACUGCAGAUGAAGCUGAUGUGUCCAGUGAUGAUGAUGAAGCUGAGGCCAUGGAAGAGAUGGAGAAACCUUCCGUUCCCAAGAAGCAACUCAAGAAAACUAAAGAAAGCAAGGAGAGACUUGCAAAAUCAAAGGAGAACAAAAGUGGCAAGAAAGAUAAGAAAUCAAAAUCUAAAAAUGCACCUAAAAUAAAGAAGAAGCAAAGGAAGAGCAAAACUGAAGUGAGGAUGGAGAUUUCUCAAGCUAGGGAAGAGAAAAGAAGAGCAAUGAGAGAGAAGUCGAAGGAGAAGCAAUGAUUCAGUGAUUUUGCAUCAAACACUAUCCCAUGGGGAAGUUUAAGGUGCCAUGUAUUGGCUUGUUUUUAUUUAUGAAUUCACGAACUAUUUUUGUAACAUUAAAAGCUAGAAACAAGAGAAUUACACUCUCUUAAGACUCCAUGGACAGAUCUUAUGUGUCCAAAAGUUUUGUUUCAAAGUCUAGUCAAGUUGAGUUGGAGUCUUCAGCCAUCA